UUUUUUGAGAAUUCGUCCCGUGGAUUAAGACCCCAUCCCUCGAUACCGCUUAGUUUUGUACGCCAGACAUAUCCCCGAAUAUUUUUAAGCCAUAAGUCUGGGUGUAUUUCUUUUCUUUAACCGUACAUUUUGAAAACAUUUCUGGGGCACAAGCUGAAGCCGUAUCGAAACCCUAACCGAGAUUUAAAUGACGUAAAGUCUCAUCCGGGAAUUUCGUACGAAUCCAAGAUGGCGCCGGUCGGCGAAAAAAGUGGAGCCCGAUCAUCAGGCAUGGAAAACGGCGAAGACGAGCUGCAGAAUUUAUGGUCGUCAAUUUUAGGUGAGGUUUCGUCUCAUUCUGGUUCGAAGUUGCCGUCAUGCAAAAACAUCCUGGUUCUCGGUGAAGAUGAAUGUGGGAAGACAACUCUUAUAUCAAGGCUUCAGGGUGCAGAUGAUCCCAAGAAAGGUCAUGGGUUGGAGUAUUUAUAUCUGGACGUCCAGGAUGAAGAUCAAGAUGACAGUACACGGUGCGGCGUGUGGAUCUUGGGUGGGGAGGACGAGCACUCGGAGCUUCUCAAGUUUGCGCUGACCCCGGCCAGCCUGAGCCACAGCCUGGCCAUCCUGAUGGUGGACAUGUCCAAGCCCUGGUCAAUCCUGGAUAUGCUGAACAAGUGGGCGGGGCUGCUUCGACGACACAUAGACACGCUGAGGAUGCCGCCUGAGAGACUACGGGAACUGGAGGAGAGAUUGGUGCAACAAUUCCAAGAGUAUGUUGAACCGGAAGAGGGGGAGGACCCAAAGUCACCCAGGAGAACAACGGCUCCUGGCACCGUGGGUGGGGAAGAUGAGAAGAUCCUGCUUCCAUUAGGAGAAACCACACUCACACAUAACCUGGGAAUACCGAUGGUGGUUGUUGUUACAAAGUCAGAUGCAAUCUCUAGUUUGGAAAAGGAGCAUGACUUUAAGAUGGAACAUCUAGACUUCAUCCAACAACAUAUCAGAAAGUUCUGCCUGAAUUAUGGUGCAGCAUUAUUCUAUACAUCGGUAAAGGAGGGCAAGAACUGUGAUCUACUUUACAAAUACCUGCUGCACAGGAUAUAUAGCUUUCCCUUCCACAAGCCAGCACUAGUCGUAGAGAAGGACGCCUUGUUUGUGCCUUCUGGUUGGGAUAAUCUUCAGAAGAUAGGCAUUCUUUAUGAAAAUAUGCCCAAUAUAAACCCUGAAGAACCGUUUGGGGAAGUCAUAGAAAAACCAGCUAUCAGAAAGCCAUUACAAGACAGUAAAGAAGUAACAGCUGAAGAUGAACAGGUCUUCCUGAUGAAACAGCAAGCCAUGUUGAGCAAGAACAUCCCUCCAGCCAAGCAGCAGCAGGAAUCUCCACAGAGACCGAUGGGCAUGAGGACGCCAGAAAGGAAAGCUAACGUAGCCAGUGUCUCACCCAUCACAGCAUCAGGAAAAGCAAAGAUGGAGCCGGGCAAGCCAGGGGCCACCAACGAGGGAGUGUUAGCGAAUUUCUUCAACAGUUUACUCAGUAAGAAAACAGGGGCAGGUUCACCAGGGUCACCGGCAAGUCCGAAACCAGGAGACAAAUCAGUACGCAGCGAUGCAGCAGCGGAGUUAGACCGCAUGACAAGGGGGCGCAAGUCUGUACCCGGUCAAAACUCAACUGGCGCAUCCUAGCAAGGUGAUGUCUGGGUACCAGGGAACAGUAAUACCAGUGACGGCAGAACUAUCAGUGUAAAUGUACAUGAAACCUUUUAAAGAAAAUUCCGCAAAUGGACGUCGCUCUUUAAUUGCAGAUUGAAAAGUAAAUUCUGGUGCCAGUCUCUCGAGGUAUGUGCGAAAAAGCUUGCCAUUAUGUGGAGUAAGAAAAUCAAUUUUGGGGUAGUUUCAUGGGACGUAAAUAUGUGUCGCAGUUUGGCACUUGAUGAUGUAAUGAAUAAAAUACUGAAUAAGGUGACUUUAGGGAACACCACAGGCUCCUCAUAAGGCUGUGAUAGAGUGAUGCAUGGUUGCAUAUGUAUUAUACACAACAAAUCCGGAGCUGAAGUAACUGCUGUCUGUCGCUAACUCAUGCGAGGGCUCCACUUGGCAUGCCAAAUUUCACAGGAUCAAGAAACGGCAUUGUUCCUGCUCCCAAUAGGUCAAAACUGUAUUACAAGGCAAUGAUGCUCUUUGAGGCCAUAUCACUGCUUGUGCAUGAACUUGUUCCCUUGUUUAAGGCGCAAAAUUCAUGAGCAGUUUCCUCCUGAAAGUGCACCAAGUUCCAUGGGCAGUGAUUUGCUGCCUCUCUCUUUGUCACAAGAGAGGGAGGUGUUGUGCAACGGCUUCAUACACCCUGCCGAAUCCAACAAGACCUGACAGCAAGAGCCAAAUAGGUCUCAUGAACUUGUCAACAAAAUGCAACGGUACUUCCCUGCUGCAGGACACUUUUGCAUUCAGCAGCAUUAUUAACUACACGCACUUGUAGCACAUUAGUGUAUGUCACUUUAUUCUGCUCUAUAUUCAGGUGCUUGUCAGCUGAAUGUCAUAUUCCUCAUUUAAUAGACUUUUAGACAUUUCUCAAAGAACCUGACUCAUUUAAAACAAUGCUCAUGAAAGUACCCUUUAACCUGAUCCAAAUAGUUUCCCUGUUUUGCUCUGCACUAAUAGCUUCAUUACAAAACAUUUACAUUUUUAAGACCGAAAUCUCUGCUUGGCUCCAUUUUUUUUAUACAAAACAACUAAUGAGGUUAACCAUUCUGUUUCUAUUUGUACAACUUGUCUUUUUUGUCCAAUGCAGAACAAAGUUUGUAUUAGUAUUUAAGAUUGUUUCAAUGGAUGGAAUUGUUAAUGGCUGCUUCAAUUCCAUGAUAAGCUGAGGUAACAGUUAUGAACUAGUGGGUUUUUAGGGACAUUUGGUAAAAGUGUGGCAGCAGUAAUGUGUGCAUUCCUAGGGCUUCAUUAGUGGCUUCAAAUUUGCAUAGCUGUCAAGUCCUUUUUUUUAUUCAAAUAAAAUUCACUUUACAUUAACAUUCAUUGUUUAUUUUGAAUCGCAACAAUUUCGACCAUUUUUGUAAGGUAAUAAGGUUAGGUGAAGUUUUCCAUUGACAUAAUGAGAGUUCACUUUUAAUUAAUGCGGCAUAAUUUGCUACCUCUAUAAAAGAUUUUUUUUUUUCUUACAUUGAAAUAAAUUUGAAGUUUCUUCAGUGGGCUGCUUCUCUCUAGGUUGAAUAUUUUUGGCAACUUGCUUGUGACAAUCGAAGCUUCAAAGCAAAUAUCAAGUUAGUUGCACUGUCAGAUUGACUGCAUGUUGCAGGCACAUACUGGGGGGAAUUUCUACGUUUUCAAAUUAAGAUUUGGUGUGGUCAUUUUCACAUUGGCAAGACAAGGAGGAAGACCUCAGUUCAUACAUGUAUGUAGUCUCUGUAGAGAUUCUGGUAAGCAGGGAAAAAGUACAAGUUGCAGACAGUCAGUGAUUGUCUGUGAUGUUUUCAGUUUGGAGCCACAGUCUGUUGCAGUUACUACAAAUGUAAGCACUAUAAGUGCAUCCAUGUUAAUACUUAUUCAAUCAUUUUCAUUUUCUCCAGAUACCGGGGUCAUUGUGCUUAAAAGAGGGCUUUUUUUAUUAGAAAUCGGAAUCUGAAAUGGGCCAGUUAAUGUUCCUGGCAUCACAGACUAUUUCAUAGUACAGUAGUUAGUAUGUACAGUUCAUAUCACUCUUUAAUGAUGUCUUUUUCCCCCGCAGCAAGAAUUACUUACGGUAAAAGGGAACUUCAGCUACUUUGUCUUGUCAGUAGGGAGAUGGGAUUUUUCUUCUGGAACUCCAGUUGAGUCAUUCCUGUCCCAUUGUAGAUUAAUGAAUGUCUGUAUGCGUCAGUGUGUUUCAGAUAGCCCUGUCGCAUGUAUGAGUUUGCAUCAGAAAACAUGCGAAUUUGUUUUGCCAUUAUUUGUACCCUUGGUUGUCUUUUCUACAAAUCUAGAUUUUUUUUUAAUGGAUCUGGAACUGGUCAGAGUACUAAUCCUGGCAUGUUAGUAAAGUGAAGCAAUCAACAAGGCCAGUUGCAUAUUUAUGUACACAUAAGGUAUUUAUAAAAACCGCUACAAGAUUUAUGUGGUAACAAGUGAAAAGAAACCUCCUCAUAUCCACGUUUACAGCCCAUACUUGUGAACAUCUCUUAUGUCUCGCGUAUCAGUAGAUAUUCAGAGGACUGCAGCGAAACAUUGUCCCAGAAAGCAGCUUGAAGCACACUUAGGAAAGAGAUUUCAACUUGAAGUUCAAAGAAACCCCCACCUCCCCCUCCUAAAGUCUGAUAAUUGUCAUGUUGUUGUCACAUUAUUAAUAUACUGAUGAAAAUAAAGGAGUAUAAACAGAGCCUUUAAUGAACAAGCCUCUUGUUACUUCUGCUCUAAACAUGUCAUGACCGAUCCCAAGAUCUGUCAGGAAGUUAGUACUCCGUAAUGAUUGACACAUGAUGUCGGCUCUGCCAGAAAGUAAAUCGACCCGUUUUUUUGUGAGCAAUGGCUUGUGUAGUCAUUUUGCCAUUACUGGGGGUUUCUAAAGCUGUGAAUGAAGGCAAGAUUUGGAAAAUAGCUGCACGGAUGUGUUCUUUGAGGGAAAACAAGAAAAGUGUGAUAGCUAGUGUGUUAAUGGCAAAAACACAAUGUAGCUUUUUUAAAUGCAGUCUUCGUAAAAAGCGGGGAAAAACCUGGAAGUGUUAGAGCACAUUUUAGGGGAAUUCUCAGUGUUUAUGCAUUUUUUUAAAUAAUUUUGAUUUUUGUUAAGUAUAUCAAGUUGAACUGAUAAAAUCCCAAUUUUAAAUGCUUGCUGCUUAAUCAUAUAAAAACAGUGUAUAAUGUGCAAUUUAUGACAAAAAAAAACCGGAAUUGCAAACUUUGGAGCUAUGACCAAAGUGGCAUGGUGUUCUUCAAGUCAAUGAAGCAAGCAUGCAGUUUUUUAAAAAAAGUAUUUUUGGAAAUUCAAAACCUGUUUUGUGCUGUAAAGGGACUACAUGUAGAAUAGGGCAAAGGAAGAAAUUUUGGGGUUGGUUUAUUGAAAUGAUUAAUUGUAACAAUAUGGAAUGAUUAAUCCAAUGCCCUAGCCCCCAAGUCCUUUGGCAUUUUGUGGCAAGGAAGCUUUUCAACUCCACCAAAAUCUGACACUGUCCAGUUCAUUACUUGCAGCUUUAACCUCGCCUACUCACGGAAUUGUGACAAUGGGACAACUGCAGUCAGAAGUAAUGCCAAGGUGGCUUAUUGGCCAAUGGGUGAUCCGAAUCAGUACAAUGAGCAUGACAAAAUCUCUGACGAACCAGACAGUGAUCAAUUUUUUUUAUUUUUUUGGUACAAAACAGAGCGAGUCUAGGGCUUUGGAGAGAUUGGGGAGGUUAGUGGUGUGAAUGGAAGGAUGCCGUUAGACGUAAUGCUUGUUAUAUUGUUCAACUGUGUAUAUAUAUCUGUAUAUGUCCUCAUGUAUUUGUAGGUGUAGUAUAUAAUUGUAGCAGCAGAUGUUACCAUUCAAUUAUAAUCGGGGCUGAAAGCUCCGAUUUCUGUAAUGACUUCACUAAUUAAAAUGCAGAAUGUAGAAUGGAAAGAAAAAACAAUUUGUUUAUAAAUCUACAGAUUUGGGUUUUAUUUUUCCAAAUUUUUUUUUCUCAGUUUUCUUGAAAAUGUUUGUUUUUCAAGGCACAUGAAGAAAUAAAUUAUGUAAUGCGAUGCAUGCCACA